AAAAAAUCCAUUGAAGCCUAAUCACGCAUUCAAUUUAAAUUUUUUCCUUUAUAUUACUUCUCUCUCCUCUUUUUUCCUAUUCUUUUUUCUUUCCGUUUACUUUCUUUUCCUCUAUAUUUACUUUUAUAUUUGGGGUUUAGUUUUAUAGUAUGUCAGAAGAGGAUAAUACCAAACAAAACAGUUUGGAUAAUCAAGCAGAUAAUCUAGAUGAUACAUCAUUGAAUGUUUCCAACCAAGAAGAACAAUUGGAUACUAUAGCCCCUCCUAUGGUUGUCAUCACAGAUGAUAACAAUAACGAUCAGGAACUCGAUCAAAACGAUAUAGAAAUAAAGGAAGACGAGACAAUAGCGUCACCCUCCACCAUCGUCAGCAAUGAUAGUAAUAGCAGCAGUAGCAGUAGCAAUGAUAGUGACAAUAGUUCCCAGAAAGAUAGUCUACCUCCAUUAGACGAAACACACUUUCAGGGACCCAUCGUCGACUAUUAUAAAAAUAAAAAUAUCUUAAUGACAGGCGCAACAGGGUUCAUCGGUAAAGCCAUCUUGUGGAAGCUGAUUCAAUCUCUCAGACAACAUCUCGGUCAAGUCUAUAUUCUUAUUCGAAGUGGAAGUAAUAAGCGUAGUAAGAUUGGUAGACCAGCAGAAAGAUUAAAGAAUGAGAUAUUCAGUAACAAGGCUUUUGUAUUACUGAGACAGCAGAUAGGGAAGGCAGUAUUUGAUGAUAUAGUCAAGAACAAGAUUAUUCCUAUUGCUGGUGAUAUUAUCUCACCAGACUUGUCAAUGACUGAGGCAGACCGGGAGCAGAUUGUUCAAAAUGUCAAUAUUGUGAUACACUGUGCUGCUGCAUUAAAUUAUAAUGAAAGAUUAGAUCUUGCAUUAGAAACAAAUACCCUAGGCACAUUAAGAAUGAUGGAUUUGGCAGAUGAAUGUAAAAAUAUGGAGGCAUUCAUUCAUGCAUCCUUAGCCUAUACUGACCCAAGUUUACCCAAUGGCCAUGUUCAGGAACGCGUCUAUCCAAUGAAAGUUGGCGAUCCAGAAGAUUUGUUGACCGAAAUUGUCAAUCUUGAACUUCAAGAUAUUCCCAAAAUGACUCAGCGUAUCCUGAGCCAUUACCCAAACACAUAUACAUUCACCAAGUCACUGACAGAACAUUUGAUCAUGAAGCGAGUCGACAUAAACCGUGUAGAAGAGGCUCAAGGUGGCAAGGCUCAAUGGCCAGUCGCUAUUGUACGAGCCACCCAGGUGGGUGCUGCUGCUGAUGAACCCUUACCAGGAUGGGCUGAUGGUAUUACAGGUGCAAAUGGUCUUGUCUACUUGAUGGGUAAGGGCAUUCAAGUGCUACCGCCUGAUAUAAAUAGAAGCAUGGCCGAUAUCAUACCAGUUGAUUAUUUCGCUCGCGUCCUGAUUGCCAGUGCUGCCUUCAUGACCAAACCAGGCUACAAGUUUGUGUUGCCUUAUAACGAAGUCUUGGCAGACAACGACGACACAGACAGUAUUGUCAUACCCAACAUCCAGUAUUUCCCAUACAUCUAUCAACUAUCGGCUACCGGACUCGUGAGCCAUACGACAUGGAAAAACGCCUAUGAGGCUGUUCGCACCUACUGGUCUCGCAAUUCAAAACAAGUUCUUCCCAGCGCAGAGGACUACUUUGGAGCAGGACGAUCAUUAUUCAAAUCGAGCUUUUUCAUGAAGUACAAACUACCUCAGUCGUUGUCUUCGGCCAUCAACGGUAAAUCCGCUGAUGCCGUCAGUCGAACAAUCGAGCUGGCUUCACGUGUAGUGGAGUCGAUUCAGCCAUUCCUACGCCAUCAUUGGCUAUUUGAUCAUCAGAACGUACAGCAUCUGGAACAGGCCAUUGCAGGUGACGGUCAGUUCGACGUGUCCAAAUUUAAAGACCUUGACUGGAAUACGUAUAUGGUAAACUAUGCCUACGGUACACACGCGUAUAUUUCUCCAUCACCACCUGCUGGCUUGAGAAACAUCACGGUCGCCGACGGGUGGUCCUGUUCGCUCUAUGUCUUGCCAGAAAAGAAGCAUCCGAUCAUUGACCGACCUAUCGAGUCUGUCAUCUUUAGCGCAUCUGAUAUUGAAAAGAGAACAGAUCGUAUGCUGAACGAACUAAUUGCGUCUUUGGAGAACCCUAAUCAAGAAUUAAAAGACAAGAAGAAGAUGGAGCAAUGGGUAAAUGAUUUUGACGCAAGUUUGGAUGAUUGGUGUCACGAUGACUCUGAUCGAUUAAAGGAUACGAAGAAUAUGGGUCAUUUGGGAUACUGGCUCAAUCGUCCAGAUGAGGAGCAUGUUCGGAUUGAAGUACUAAACGAUCAAAGAGUUGGAAACUGCAUUAAACAGAUUGUCGAAACUUCGGGCGUUCCUCAAAAGACGGUGGUAGGAGAAGCACUAAAGAUUCUUCAACGCAUGCGUGAACGAACACAGCUACACUAUAUCUGGUCUGCCGGCUCCUUCCUCCAUGCGCUCUUUGGACGUCUGUUUACUAGUCUUCGUGUACGUGAAAGUGACAUCAUGAGACUACGACAAGAAUGCCAGAGCAAAAACGUCGUUUAUGUACCUGUGUCCAAAACGAUCAUUGACCAAAUCCUCGUAUGGUACAUCUGCUUGCGAUACGAGCUUCCUCUGCCUGCCAUCGUCUGUGACGAAGCACUGGCUCUGCUCGGCCCAGUCUCUGAUAUACUUCGCAUUUGUGGUGCUUACUUUGUCCGACGCGAUCUUGCGUCUCGAUCGCCUCUAAACACAGCCGUCGCAGCAGCUUAUACUGAGGUUCUCUUGAACGAGCAUGGUGCACUGUCCAUGGUCAUCGAACGCGCUCGGUCUCGCACUGGCCGACUUCAGACAGCCUAUCAUGACGGGGUGAUCAACAUGAUUAUCGAGGGUACCCUAGGCCAUCAUCAGUCCAGAAGCGAGAGUGUAAACGAACUAUUACCUUCUCCAACCGAAUCAUUUUCGACCAUCAAGAAGGACACGAUAUUUGUUCCUGUCAAUAUUACCUAUGAAAAGAUUCCAGAAUUGAGAACACUGAUUGAUCAGGUCUUGGAUCAAAAGCCCCGGACAAACAGUCUGAACGUGACAUCAACUGCUUUCUUGCGCCCAAGUUCGGCAGUAGCAGGUAGAGCAGCUACAAAAGAUAAUAUUUCAGAGCAAGGUAAAUAUGGUCGUGUCUUUGUUGGUUUUGGAAAUCCUGUCGAUAUACGAACGAGUGUUCAGGAAGCAAGCCUUUCAGAUAACAAGCGAAAAAGUGCUAUUCCUGUUAAAGAUGAAGAUGCCAUUGCUGAUUUUAUUGCCAAAAAGAUUCAGCGUGGUCAACAUGAAGCCUCCGUGGUCAGUCCUGUGACACUAGUUGCCGCAACGUUGUUGUUUGGAAGAACGACUGGGGGUAUUACGUUGGGUACAGUGUGUAAACACAUAACAUGGCUCCACAAGGAACUACUAGAAAAGAACAUUAGUGUUGAUUGGCAGCCUGAUGAAGAUGUGCAUACCAUUCUUUCCUACUCACUUCAAAUCUUGGAUGCACGAAAUAACGUGACCAUGGAUGGAAAGCGUAUUACAGAUCAAACGAUUAUCAGAGUAGUCGAGCACGCUGAUAAUGUCAUGGAUCUCUCGUAUAUGGCAAGUCAAUUGAUCGAGAUAUUUUUACCAGAAGCACUCUUUUCUGUCGUUUAUUUGUCAACCUCCAUGAAAAAGGCCACACGUAAAGAGUUGCUGGCUCAGUUUACGUUUUUAGUGCGUUUAUUUAGACAUGAGUUUAUUUAUCCAUGGAAUAGGGAAGAGAAAUUUGAUCUUUUAUUGAGUUGGUUUGUAAAAAAGAACCUGCUUGUGAAGAAUGAACAAGAGGAAUAUGAGAAAGCAGUGACUUUGGAGAAUAACGAAGGGGAGUAUACCCGUGUUUGUAUACUAGCGUCAUUUAUAUACCCUACUUUGGACGCAUACUGGAUCACAUCAUGCUCGUUAUCAGCAUUAAGAGAUUUACCGUACAUGCCUCGCAAGAUCGUGCCCGUGCUAUCCCAGUGGAUAGCAGCUCACUUGAUCACGGGUAGGAGAACAGUCUAUAGGGAGGUAUUGUCGACUGAAGCCAGUCAGAAUGCAGUCGAUAACUUUUUGGCAAUUGGCUUUAUUGACGCUGUUCAUCCCAAGACGAAACUGUCUCCUGAUGCUCAAAUCCUAUUGCUUGAACUUGGCGUAACAACAAAUGAAGAUCUCGUCAUGGUCUCGAGUAGAAAGAAUAUUGAGCUAAUAAAUGGGGAAGAAGACUGUGAAAAUAUACUGCUACAAUUAUCGGAUAUUGCAUCUCUCUGUCAUGAAAUUGAAAAGUAUCGUCUUGUUACAGACAGCAUUACCCUUCGUCACAACGCACAAGUGUUUGACAAGUGCCAGAAUCAGAUACGAUCCAUCUUACGCGCAGAACAGAGUUAUGCAUCGCAACAUGGUAUGAAACUGGAUAAAGAUGAAGAUCAAAUGAUCCAAUUGGUCUAUUCAUUAAAGGCAGCCUCUGUUACAAACGUACCUAAUGAAGAAGGAUCAGGGAAGCAUUCUAGAAGAGUGUCUCAGGCCUAUAAUUUGAAAUCAUAA